CUGUGCUGUACUCGGUCCUUUACACUGCAAACGACGACCGCGACCGAUACGCACUCGCCCGACACACACCGUCUACGAUUAUAUACACAUAACCAGGUUACUGCACCACGCCGCGGUCCACCGCGCUUUUCGAACACCGUUCUUGAAACGCUUUUCCGACGACGAUCCCGUUCCCUACGUCUCUGCGUCGCCCGGUUUGUCGUCUGUCGACCGUUUUAAGGAGUAUAUUUGCACAUCGAUCACGACGACCACGACAAUGUGCGGAACGGCCAGCCACAAGUCGGAGCACGGACACGGUCAUCCGCACCACUUGUUCAGAGUGCCGACAGCCCACGUAGCCGCCUACGAGUAUUUGGUCAAAGAGAACAAGACGAGCGACCCGAAGAAACCCGGCGACACGCUGACCGCCUUCAGCAGAAGCACCUUCGACAAGUGUUCGUCGUUCUUCGGAGGGUUAAAGAAUUCGCCGGCUUACAAGGUACUGUUCUUCACGCAACCCGCGCACGUGAUAAUGGCGUUGGCCGUCAUUCUGGUGGCCGCGUCCAUGUUGCCCGGCGACAUGAAGAAAGCGUCAAACGCCAACGGUGAAAGCGUCAAGCCCAGGACUUUCGUCAACUUCGUCUAUCUGGCCGCUUUCUGCACGCACGUGGGAGCUCAGUUCUGGAUGACAUUCAUUUCCGGGUUGAGCUUGUACUUCAACUUGGCCAGACACGCUUUCGGUGACGUCCAAAAGAUCCUGUUUCCCAAAUACUUUUCGCUAAACAGUCUGCUAAGCGCCAUCACUCUCAUCCAAUUCGGCAAGAUGCACGUCGCUGCCAACGUGUGGGACGUACACACGUAUUUACAGUUGUUCGUGUUGAGCUUGUGCUUCCUGCUGGAACUGAUGAUCCGGCUGUACGUGGUGCCACCACUGUUGCGACUCAUCACCGUCAAGACGGCAAUCGAGAAGUCUGCGGGCGUCGGCAACGAAGUAGGCCACUACGACCUGGGCCCGCUGGUCGACUGCCCGCACUACAUGGCCAUCCACAAGGCUUUCCGGCAGGUGCAUCUGUUCGUGGGCAUCGGCAACGUGGUCACCAUGAUGUGCACUGCCUUCCACUUGGCGUACAUCGCGGCCUAAUGUCUCCACCGCCGCCGCCGCCGCAGCAGCAGCAGCAGAACGACCGGAAGUCUUCCCCCCACAAAAAAACCCACUCGCCGCGCAUUAUUAUUAAUAUUAUUUAUAUGAUAUAAUAUAUAUAUAUAUAUAUUAACAACAGUAAAAUGUGUGUUACAGUGACGACGCCAAAUGUCUGUUGUGCGUCGCCCGAUAUAACGUAUAGUGUCAUCACGACACACUAUCAUUGAUUAAUAUUUAAUGUACUUGAACAAUGACACCAUAGUAUCAUUUGCAGCGCCGCCACUGUAACGCAUAACAAUAAUAUAUAAUAAUAUUAUAUUAUAUUAUUAUAUUUCAUACUAUAAUACUAUACAUAUUAUGCCUACUAGCAAUAUUACUACCACUGCUACUACUACUACUUUCUAGUUACUACUUUACUAUAACUACUACUAUAUAAUAUAUAUAUUAUAUCUGUUGCACGCGCCGCCGUGCGCUCAUAUAACAUACAUUAUGUUUUCAAUAAUUGCUAUAUAUACCUACCUUUAUAUACACGGGGUCAUCCAUAACUUAACUGGCUUUUCGUUUUUUUUUUCCACCGCCGUACCGUAUAUCUCUCUAUAGUUCAGUAGAAAAGUGGUUAUUUUGCUUUACGCGAACGACAGCGAACAUAAAUACAUUUUACAACAAUUUAAUGCAUAUUACAAAUAGGUGACGAUAAUAAUAUAUAUAUUAUAUUAUUAUUAUUAUUAUUAUUAUUAUAUUAACGCGUUCUCAAGCGUCAUAAUAAUAUGAUAAUAUAUACGCAUUUCAGUAUAACGUAAUAAUGCACCAAAAUAAUACGAUAAAGUGUUAUAUAAAUUUAAUUAAAUAAUGUCGCCAACCACUGGUCAGCCAAAGUAUGCGUGCACAUAUGCGUAAAUAUGGAUAAAGAUCUUGAGGGGGGAGCCUCCUAGAAAUAUCAAUUAACGCGUACCAAUUAAAUGUCUUAUAUACUUUCGAGGAUAUAAGUUAGGAAAGAUUUGGGGGCUUCGGGAGUUUUUCUGGGGUCGAGAGGGUCUAAGCCCCCCCCCCCCCCCAUUUACGCGUGCUCGUAUAAUAUAUUAUUAAUAAUAUAAUAUUUGCACAACACCGAUGACGCACGAAUAAUAAUAAUAAUAAUAAUAAUAAUACGCACAGGUCGGACAUUUUCAAAACAUAUCGUUCAAACACGUAUGCUGUAGUGGCCCGCGGCGGGCCAAAAACGAAUUGAAUUCACAUCAAUAUUAUAAUAUUUAAUAAUAAUAUCAUAAAAUAUUUAAUACGCACUGCACCGUGCACACGUAUAACAAUAAUAUUAUUAAAUGUGUACGCAGUCGUAUUUAUUGAACGGUUCCUUUUUUAUACCGCGUUCGUUCGCGUAUAUAUAAUAAUAUGUUUUAGUAAUAAAAAAUCGGAGUGCGCGAAACUCGUCAAGAAAGACUGCAGUGUAUUUUUUUUAAAACGUAAUCUCUAUUUUAUUAUUAUCCACGCGUCUUGUGAGCAGAUCGAUAUUAACUUUUA